AUGUCGGCUGGAGUUCGACGUCCCUCAACCCCACCGAAGCCGACAAAGCCAGCGAUCUCACAGACUCCACGACUCAAGAAGAAGGUGCCAUGGAAAGGCAAAAGUAUCAUGGUCCAUCUUCCCCGCGACGAGGGACGAGGUCAACCCGGGAAGCCAGUAAAGCCCCUUGGCGCCUCAGACACAGCAGCUAUGCUCAGGUCUUGGGAACAGCUGGGCUAUAGCAUUCGUGGCUUCGAUUUGGAAGGCCAUUUUGCCUCACGUGAUCCUUCAGAGAGCUACUCUCAGAGCCGCAAUCAGUGGCCAGAUCCCCAAGAGAUUGAUGGUGAGCGCUCUCAGCGUAAGUGGAAGGUCAUGCUUCCGGAUCUGAAUGCAUGGAAGAACUACGUCGACGAGGUGAACGAAGCCAAGCUUAGGGCGCUUGGUGUGUCUUUUGGCGAUGAUGAUCCAGCACCGCCGUCCAUCUCGCCUGCCCCUUCGAAUUUGAGCCGGCAGCCUUCCAAUCAGUUUCCGCCGCUGCCAUUCUCACCUCCUAUCCCGACAUCAUCGGCUGCGAGUGUUGGCCUACAAGGCUUUCCCUUCCCAGGAGCGUUUCACGGAACUUUAGCUGCCCACUCACCCACAAUCCCGUCAGUCCCUUCACCGGCAUCGUUCAAUCACUUACCUCGUGGACUGGGCAAGUUCAACCCGCGUGCAUCCAUCUCGAUAUCGCCCCAUGAGCUCCCGUUCCACUUCCCUGGGCAGCCAUCUCCUCGUGGGUGGUCUCCACAGUCAAUGCACUUGCAACAUCAACUUGCCCGUGGUGGUUCACCUUCUCUUCAUAAUUUCAACUCGCUGAUGUCUCCAACAUCGCCAUUUCUAUCUGAAAACAUCCCGUCUCCCCUUGGCAUGCACCAGCGCCACCAGUCGUUGCAAUACCCGAUGCUGCCCCAUCAGCAACUUCAGCGCCGGGACUCGGCAAGAGCAUCGCCACGGUUGCAAGAGCUUCGUGAAGAUGAUGAAGAGACUCGGAGCAAUCCUUACGAGAAGAGCCCUUCCAAGACACCCGAGCCUGGGCAAUUCAUCAAACACAAUGCCAGCGCCAGCCUGCAGAAGGAGAUUGAUGAUGCUGAAUAUCAUUUGGAAGAGCAGUUCCGCGAACAACUUGAGCAUGAGGAUUACAGCCCCCACAACGAGAGUGAAAAGGCCGCGGCAAACAAGCCGGCCGAUAUGCACUUGCCGUUGCACACAAAACAACCUUCGGUCCACUUUGGAGGCUUCUGUACAGACUCAGACGACGGUCCAGUUCUGCAUCACCCUCAACCCCACAACCGUGGUCACUCUCUCUCUCAGCAACCAUUCUUCGAGAAUGACGAAGUACGCGACAGCACUGAUGAGGGCAGCGUCCGCAAGAAGCCUGGCAAUCUCCAACUGCGCAAGGCCGAUGAAACGUUUGAAAUUGAGACAAAUCCGAGCAACUUGGGCACGUCUAUGGGAACAUUCGAUUUGGUGAAUAAGACGCACGAUCGGUCAUUCUCGACAGCUAGCAACCCCUGGGCUGAUGUUGAGUCCCAAUCCCAAAAUGACGGCAAGGCAAUGUCACAUAGGCCGAGCCACGCAAGCAAGCCGUCUUUGUCUAAACUCAAUGCUGGCGCAUUGGAGUUCAAAUUUAACCCUGAAAGUUCAUUCACUCCUGGGCAGUUCAACUUUGGAAAAGUCAGCAGUUUCCAACCUACGGCGAGUGCCUUCCAGCCACCGACAUAUCAGCCCUCAACUUUUACGCCGAACCCUCCGCAAUCCGCUACAUCAAGUCAUUUCAGCAUGCACUCGACUUCUUCGUCAAAGGCUAAGAUCAAUGCCUGUGCGCCUGUCUUCUCACCUGGAAGUAGCAAUUUUAACUUUACCGGCAAGAGCAAUUUCAACUUCUCCGCAUCAGGGCCUAGAUUCAACCCCGUUGCUCCCACUUUUCAACCGCUCAAGUCCUUACCGCCUUCGGUUACGAGUGGAACAGGUUCUGGAAACGAAAGUGCCAACCACCGUACAAGUUCUAUUUUCAGCAACAUUGAUCUGAACCUACCGGAUGUCGUUAAACCAGCCAACAAGAGCAAGGCGAUCCCAAUCGUGCGACCCGUAAGUAGCCACUCUCCUGCCCCUGCCGCCGAGGAAAUUGAUGAGCAUGGGCGUACGGUAUACACAAGCCGCCAAACCAAGAAGUUCAGGGAGAACAGUGAGGACAACGAUGAUAUCCCACGCUUCGCCGAGCCCACGCCGGAACCUGAACCAGUACCAGUGCCGCAGUCUGUCGUAGCUGAGGAAGAACUUGCGGUCAAAGCGAAACAAGAAGACGACGAUGAGAACGCUAUUGCUGGAACCACAACCUUGGCGUCAACGGUCAUCUCCGAGUCAACUGAUGGAAAGAUGCAGUCUGACAACGGCACCAAAGCCACUACAAGCCCCUCUGCAACUUCUCCUGACCAUAAUUGGACUCCGUUCGAAUUUUCUCGAGAGAAAGAUGUCCAAGACUUCAACAACGCCAGGCCGUUCGGGGAUGACGAGCCGUCUUUCAAGAAGGCGCACAAAAAGAGUUUGUCAGCUGCUGCGAAACCGUUCGUUCCAAGUGGUUUCGCGUUUGGAUCUACAUCCGAUGGUAAAUCGGCCUUCGACGCUUCACCAAAGAUACAGUCGCCUGUGAUGGCCAAAUCUGAGGAGUCUGAGGAUGAUCGUGCUGCAUCGCCAACUCCUGGGCCUGAGCCUCGACCUAUCGACGCUGCCGCUGAGGACGAGGAAGCACCAGUGUCAUCACCUGAUCGAAGUCGUCGAAGCUCUUUGAGGACAGAAUUUGAUACCUCACGAUUCGCUGCUCCUUCGAUGGGCCUUGGGGCGUCAAGAUUCGCUUCCCCGCCACCAGUACCUGCCGGCCUGGCCGCUUCUCGGUUUGCCAAAUCGCCAUCUCCUGAAGCAGCACAGGUUUUCAACGCAAACGCUUUCGAUUUUGGUGAGCCAACCGGGUUCCGCAGCUUCAACGAGUCAGUCCCGGCGCCUGUCAGCCCACCGUCCGUUACCGCCGAUGAACCAGAGGAUGAUGAGCAUGAACCCACCUUUGAAGAGAUUGAUGCAGUCAUGCAACAACUGAACUCGACGGACCCCACGAUGGGCGUCAAUAGAGCCUUCGAAUCAACCCAGUGGCAUCAAUCCAGCCCGGUACGAAAUAUUCCCAUCACUGCCGUCACAGAAUCGACGCCAGUUCAUUUGCCUCCCCAAAGUCGGUUCAGGAGUGAUGCCCCCAGUCCGAGUCCCCGCCAACAUAGGACUUUGCCAUUAGAACCGGCGCCUCCCAUUCUGUCAAGGGAAGUGGAUGACCCGUUCCUUGAUCCUCAAAGCGCCGUCUCCCAAAACUUUCAGGGCUCAGUGCAUAAUCUGAAUGUCGGCGAUGAUAUACCGGAAAGCGAAUGGGACGAUGCCUUCAGCGCCAGCGAACAGGGCAAGCUUGAGCAGCGCGUCACCUACUUCGAUGGUCACGUCAACGAUUUGGUCGGUAAUUUGUUGGCCGAUCGUCUUGAGCCCCUCGAGAAGACACUCGGCUCCAUACAGCAUGUUCUCGCAUCCCUUUCCACCAAAACGCCGUCGACUCGGCACAAUAGACGCAGUGUUUCUGCCGAGAUCCAAGAGAGCGACGCGGACGAUGAGGAUGACGAGAGCCCUGCUGCUCGAAGAUCAAUGAGCCCCAAGAGGGACAAGCGAAUGGAGCAAAUGCGUUUCGCUGUCAUGGAGGCUCUUAAUCAGCACCAGGCCUCGCGUGCCUUACAACAAGCUGUCGCAGAGCCCCUGGCGGUUGAGCAACAAGGGGCGCUCGAGAGCACGGCUAUACUGAAGGCAUUGGAAGACAUGAGAGAUCAAUUUGGACAAUCUUUGCGUCUCGACUUCCGAGGCGAGGAUCUUCGAAAUAUCGUUGAGGAGGCUGUCGAGAACCGCAUGCCACCAACUCCCCCACCCGUUGUCAAGGACGACGAAGAAGCGACACGGAAGAUGUCCGACAUGCAGAACCGGAUUUUGGAGCUGGAGCAACGCCUGAGGGCCGAGGGAGAAAAGGUCGAGAAAGAGAUCAUCAUCAGACGCGAAGCUGAAGACCGUGCUGCAGAGCUACGGCGGCAAUUGGACCAAGCUGAGGUCAGGGUCGAAGUUGAAAUCAUCAACCGAAGUGUGUUUGACCAGCGAGUUCAUGAUCUCGAGGAACGUUUGAAAACCCAGGAAGAUAAGACCGAACACGAGUUGCGCGGUCGCAGGGAGGCCGAGGACAGGCUGUCUGAAAUCCAGCGGUUGCUUCGUAUCUCUUCAGAAGAGGAAGAUCGCCUGCGCUCCGAACUGGACGAGCGAAACCACCAGAUGAAAGUGGUUGAACAGACCGCCGGGAAGAACAACAUGCGUCUUGUUAUGCUAGAAGCCGCCCAGACUAACGCAGAAGAGACACACGCUGAACUCACAAGCCGCCUCAAUGCCAGCGAUGAAGAACUCCGGGGAACUAGAAACGAGGCCCGUCAUUGGCGGUCUGAGGCCGAGCAUGCACGGGAGGCAUCUCGACGACAGACGGAUGAUUUCAUCCAGGCAGUAGAGGAGAGCAAGCACCUGCGCAAGGUGAUCGAUACUUUAGGCACUCAGCUUCAGGAGACCGAGAGAAUCAGGGAUGCUUGGCGAAAGAAGUUUGCCUCUAUGCAGGAUGAUAUGGCCCACGCCGCCCACGAAAUCACCGAAGAGAACUCCCAACGCACCAAGAAGGAACAGACCCUGCUGGCACGACAAGAAGUGCUCGAGGCCCGCCUUCAGGCAGAGUCCCGGACUCGUGAACGUCUCGAGACUGAACUAGAGAGGCUUGAAGGUGGCGAGCGAGCAGGCAUGAGAGCCGUCAGCGAAUGCAAGCGACUUGAAGGUCUGUUGACGGAACUUCGAAACGAGAACCACCAGCUACAACAAAACGCCUUGCGAUUCCAGCGUGAAUACCAAGAGGCGAGGGAAUCAGCAGCAGCCGAGGUUCAACGCGCCCGCACUGCUGUGCAAUCCGAACUUGAAGCCGCUAACGAUCAGGUCAACGUUGCUCGUGCAGAGCUCGAAGAGGAGGUUAUCAAGAUUCGCGCCCAGCUUGACCAGGUCAGGAUGGACGCCGACACUGCUAAUGCUCAUCAUGAGAUGAUGCUGGAGGAGGCGCAGAAUUCCAAGACGAGCGAACUUGACGAGCUUAUACGCAAACACCAAAAUGAAGUUGAGGACCUCCAGGCUCGUUACGAAAGGCAAAUCAACAACUCAACUGAGGACGCUCAACGCGCCGAGCAAAACCUACUUGAGCGCCUCAGCCUAUCUACGUCCAAGACUGAGCACCUCCAGGAUCGUGUUGCUCACUUGGAAGAUAAGCUCCAGAUUGCUCAAGAAGCUGCUAGGGCAGCCGCACUUGCUGCAAAAUCUGCUGGAGCCAUUGAGCCAAUUUCCCACGCGGCCGCCUUCGCCAAGCCGACGGUGGUUGCCCAAUCAUUGCAGCUUCCAGAAAAAAUCUCUCCGCAGGCUCUCCGAGAAUCCAUCAUGGUUCUGCAAGAACAACUUCAGGCCCGUGAACAACGAAUUGAAGAACUCGAGCAAACUGUAUCCAAGCUCGACCCUGAGGCCGAGAUGAAGAUCAUGAAGCGUGAUGACGAGAUUACGUGGCUUAGGGAGCUCUUGGCCGUGAGACACGGAGACCUCCAGGACAUCAUUGGUGCCCUAUCUGCCGAAAAAUACGACAGGGAGGCGGUGAAGGACGCGGCCAUCCGCCUGAACGCCAACCUCCAAAUGGAGGAGCAGGAACGUGAGAGAGCCAUGAAUGGCGGCUCGGCCAUCAACUUGCCCAACAUCGCAGCCACGAUUCGGGGCGCUGCGACUCCUCGAGUAGCACAGGCCGUUGGACCUCUUGCUGCGGCCUGGGGCAACUGGCGCAAAGCCAACCUGUCUCCUGCACCAGCAAGAAACUCGACGCCGUCUCGCUCAAACAUCACCAUUAGUCCGGCCUCGCAGAGCAGCUUUCUCUCAGGUCUCAUGACGCCACCAGCCUCUGGACUUCGCAACACACCCUCUACCGAUCAAAGCAAGCUUCAACCUACGGCCUUUGGUAAUACUGGACGCCGAAUGACCGGGGAACAAUUUGCCAAUCGAGUUCGGGGGUCUUCCAUGACGUCUAGACAGGCGGACAAAAUGCCCAUGGCUGCUACACCGCCGCCACCGCGACUAUCAGAGUAUAGGGAGCCAGUCACCCCACCAAUGAUGCGGCAGGGUGUUUAUGAUUCAGACGCCCCUCCCAUUGAGGAUUUUGAUGACGCCGGAUUCUUUGAUGAUUGA